GGGGACGCCUCCGGCACCGCCGCGCUCCGGGACAGCCGCGCCGGGGCUGGAGCGGCGGUCCAGGGAGGGCUGCCCGCCCCGAGGAUUCGGCGGCGCCCUGAGAGAGGGUUACAAGGGGUCACUGUCCCGGGAGGGAAGCCCUCCCUCCCUGCGUGCCCGGCGGGGGUAACCGGAGCUCCCGAGUCAGCCCUGCCUGGAAGUUGGAGAGCUCUGCCGUGUCCCCUCUAGAGAGGAGCGCGACACGCUGCCCAGCGCUUCUCCUCGCCAGGGCUCUGUCUGAAGUGGAGCCCUUGGUUGUGUGUCUCGGGUUAGGAUUUGUACCUUAGGACAGCGGGGUUUCUGGUUCUGCCCCGGUGCUGCCGGCUCACUGACAGAAGAGCUGGCUCGAGGAGUAUCUAUCUCUGCUGUGACAAAACCACCUCGGUAUCCGGGGAUUUCUUCCUCCGGCUGGGGGUUUGCCUCCUAGGCUGGCAUUAUUUGAUUCUUCUCCCUCUCCAUCAACUAAUGAUCAGAUGAAGCUACAGAUGACAUGACCAAAGUCAAAACAAUGCAUGAACUGAUGAGAAACAGCACUGAGAACAUUAGCUGCUUAGUUGCUGAAAAUCCUAAGUGCAACUUCACUACCAAAAGAGACCCUGAUGUUAUGUGGUCAUUGAGCAGAGUUUGCAAGAAUGGAAAACCAAAGGAAAACCAAAACUAGCUGCAUCUCCUAAAUAAAAAUUUUCAAGACUCAGCUAAAUCAAGAAACUAUUCCAGCCAUGGGAGAAAAUGCAAGUUUUUGGGAAAGUUUGAUAUAUGCACAUCCUACAUGUACCACCUGGAAGCAAGAGGCAGAGGGAUCUAUCUACCACCUAUCCAGUAUUUUCUUUGUUGUGGGCUUCAUGGGUGGAAGUGGAUUCUUUGGCCUCCUCUACGUCUUCAGCUUGCUUGGACUGGGCUUUCUCUGCUCUUCUGUUUGGGCUUGGCUGGAUGUGUGUGCUGCUGAUAUAUUCUCCUGGAAUUUUGUACUGUUUGCUAUAUGCUUCGUCCAGUUCGUUUAUGUUACCUACCAAGUCCGGAGUGUUGCCUUUGACAGAGAAUUCCAGGAACUCUACAGUGCUCUCUUCCAGCCUCUGGGAAUUUCCUUGACUGUGUACAGGAAGAUUGUCUUGUGCUGCGAUGCAGAAGUGAUUACCCUGGAGAAGGAACAUUGUUACGCCAUGCAGGGCAAAACACCUAUUGACAAACUGUCCUUGCUUGUGUCAGGCAGGAUCAGAGUGACAGUUGAUGGGGAGUUUCUGCAUUAUAUUUUUCCUCUUCAAUUUCUGGACUCUCCUGAAUGGGAUUCACUGAGGCCCACAGAAGAGGGAAUUUUUCAGGUAACACUUACAGCAGAGACAGAUUGUCGGUACGUGGCCUGGAGGAGAAAGAAGCUCUACCUGCUGUUCGCUAAACACCGCUUCAUCUCCCGCCUGUUCUCAAUUUUAAUUGGGAGCGACAUUGCUGAAAAACUGUAUGCCCUGAACGACAGGGUGCACGUGGGGCAAGGCUUUAGGUACGACAUCCGCCUGCCCAACUUCUACCACGUGGCACUGCCAGAGACCCCUCCCGUGAGCCCUCCCACCGCUCCCACCACCUCCAGCGAGGGUCCCCCCUGCGCAAGCCCACGGCGGGCCUUACAAACUGCGGCUCCUUCCUCGCACCCUCCUAGGAAGGAAAGUUCUGCUGCAGCCAUUCCUCGAAGCGAUGAAGGGAAAUGGAAGGUGGCAAAGCAGAAGAGCAGUGAGACAAAAGCAGAUGAAGCCAAAUUUGACUGACAAGUGCCAUUUAUGCUAAUUGGAGUAGGCUGAAUUCUCUAUCUCAGAGCCAGCAGGUUGGCUUCUGCAUUUUGACCGUCUGCACAAUAUGUUUACUUAUCAUCGAUACUCCUGUCGAUCUUCAUCUCUUUUGUUUUGGAGGAGAACAAAUCAUAACAGUCUGAGGUCUUGCAAUUGUGGUGGCCUCUGUGGUGAUGUGUUGUUUUAUUGUUUGUUUGGUUUUCUUAAAGCAAGCCCAUGGUAUUUGUAGUUGUAUUUUCCCCCAACAAUUUUGUCACAGUGAAGUAUAGUCAGAACAGUCAAUGAAAACAGGUAAGUUGUAUUCAAAACAUAGCAACUGGCUUAUAGUGUUCUUUUUUAUGCCAUGUGAACAUUCUCUCAAUUUACAUGAAUAAUGUUGCAGAAAAAAAGACUAAGGAACGAUCGCAUAGGGCUUGUUUCUUAAAGAAAUGAAAGAUUUUGAAAUGCACAGCAAGAUUGUUAAAAACCCAAACAAAACAAAACAACAAAUUCUGUCCCGUGAGUAAUUGGUUUCUCUCUGACUGUCCUUAAGAGGUAUUACAUGAAAACCUAAGUGUCAUUGCUGGCAUUAGAAAAAUAAAAGAGCUGUAACUGCUGCAAAUGCAGCUUAGGAAAAUGGUUGUGUAGCAUUUUUGAUAGAAUGUGAUGCUAUAGCACCUGGGCUUCUGCUCUGUCAGUUCCCCUCAUGACAUGUACAAUAAAUAAUGUUAGUCAAGCUACUGCCAAACCAUUGGAGUUUGUUGUAUAAUAUUCUUCUUAGCUAUGUUUGUUGGGAAGAGGCUAAAACAGCUGCAGCAAUAAAUACAAUUUUUAACUGACACAUUCUUGUUUAGCUUCCAGAGUCACUUUUCUGUGCCUAUGAAAUUCUUGAUUGAAAAGAUAUUCUCUCCCUAGUUCUGUGGUGUUUUAAUGACCUGAAGGGAGCCUCAGAUCACACUUCAAUAGUAGAGAGUUGGUUUCAACCCUCGGGGUCACUGUGCCUUUGAAUGUCUUUGCUAACUCACCUUCCUGCUGCUCUGCUUGAUGCCUGCCAGUAAUCAAAAAGUAAGAAGCAUUACUAUUUUAUGAGAAUGGAUUGUUGCUUGAUAUGUCUGGAAGUAGAUAAUAUUUUUAAUAUUUUAAAAUUGCUGGCUUGCUUGGUAGGAUGACCCUUGUGUGCUUCUCUAUGUGUGGGUAUACCUGUAAGUUUAGAUCAUUUGAGUUGUUUCUGGAGGACUGAAAAUGAUGAUACAAUCUUACACUUGAAGGAUAAUCAUGCAGUAUGUAUAAAAAAGCUAUUAGGAGUGAUGUGAAACACUGCCUGUUUGGAGGACAUUUCGAGUAAAGCAGGUAAGAUUGUACAGGUUUUGCUUUUAGCUUUAUGUUGCGUCCUCAGAGGGGAAAGUCAGCCAAACAUAAAUACCCCAGCAUACAAUGUGAUAAUCCCCAAAUCAUUCUCAUAACCCUUCCAUGCAAUGUGUUCUGUAUGUGCUGCUUAGUUCAUGAAGUCCCUGAGUCACAAGAGUCAAAAGAGAAUUGGAAAAAAUGCAAGAAGUUCACUGAUGACUUUUAAAGAUCUGUUCAGAUGGUAACUAUGGCACAAAGUGCCAGAGGCUGGCAGCAUGUAGUAAGGGGGUACAUUCUGUGUAACAGUCUAUAAACAUAAAAAUAUUUCAAAUGCAUAAAAGAGAUCUUUUUCUAGACUUAGGUGUAAUAUAAAUAAUUGAUUAUUGUUCUCCAUGGUUUUCUUGAAUAUUUGGGUUUGGCCUAUUUAUUCAAGAAAACUUGUCUUUACUACAUUCUGACCCUACUAAAGUUAAUUAGCUUGAUCAUCUUCACCUUAAAAUAAGACCAAGGAGUCUUACUCACCCAAUUUCUAUAUCAAGCUUAUAUAUGCUAUUUAAGCAGUAGCAUACUACUUAGAAAGAUACUGGGGAAUGAUGGGUGCUUUGAUAAUUUUUUCUUCUUUGUGACUGUUUUCAAACCAGCCUUGGUUUCUGUCACACACUUUCCAAACACAAGCCUCUCUGAUGCUUUUCUCUGCUGGAAUUGGUUACUGUCAGAAAUCUCUACCAGGACAUGUCUGAGUCAAUAUCUGAACAUACUCUUAGCUAAUCUUGUUUAGGUGUUGCUACUGUGCUUUCUGGGCUUUGAGUCAUUUUUUAAAAAUUGUUUCUAGUUUUCCAGCAUCUGUUUGAGACAUGACUAGCAGAACAUUUCAGCUGUAAAAUUCAGCUGAAUUCAAUAAUACAAGUACACACAAAAGGCCCAGAAGCAAGAGAGAAGUUCUCUCUGCUUCUGUUUUUAUUUUAAUCUGGACAGUACUUCUAAAACAUACAGUGAAAUACACUCUGGUAUGGGAUUCAUAAACCAGUGUUUUGGGAGGGCUGUAUAAUCUGCCUAAGCGAAGUCAUACUCAGAAUAAUGUCAGAGAAAUUAGGCGAUUUUUGUGUGCUCAUAAACACCCAGUCAUUAGAGAGUUUGGGUUGCUCAGCCUAGAGAAGAUAAGGCUCCAGGGGACAUUAAAUUGCAGCCAUUCAAUACCUAAAGGGGCCUGCAAGAAAGAUGAGGACAGACUUUUUAUAGCAGGGCCUCUUGUGAUAGGACAAAGGGUAAUGACUUUAAAUUCAAGGAUAUAUUUAGAUGUAAGGAGGAAUUUUAUUAUUAUGAGUGUGAUGAAACACUGAAACAGGCUGUCCAGAGAGAGGGCGGAUGCCUGGUCCUUGGGAACAUUCAAAUCAGAUGGAGCUCUGGACAACUUGGUCUGUUUGAAGAUAUUCCCACUUAUUCAAGGGGCUUGGGCAAGAUGUCCUUUAAACGUCCUUUCCAACCCAACCAUUUUAUUUUACAAAUGAUUAUUUGUAGGUUAAUGAACAUUUGGAGCUAGAUGAAGUUCGGACUUGAGCUUUUUCCAAUUUGUGCCAGUGUUACUACUCAGAAAUAACUGUUAGUGAGGGAACAGAUUCCUUCAUAACUGGUUUAAACAAGAGGAUACUUGAGUCCAUGCAGCUAUCAAUGAGUCCUUUUCUUGAUCCUGCAGUGGUCCUCCUUUACUCACAUUUUACAUUUUUACCAGUUCCAUAACCUUCUGUGGAGUUAUGUCUACAUUUAUAUGGUGCUGUAGGUAAGAGUGUCAGAAUCUGCGCACAUGAUGAUGUGGUCGUUCAUCAGCUGAUUUUCCUAAGUUUUUAUAGUUAUAUGGACAUCAUAUUGGAAUUGCCCUUACAGCCUCCAGAAGGGUUCAAAUUUGCAGCACAAGGUAAGAAACUGUAUGGCCUAGGACAGUCCAAAACAGAGGGGGAGGAAGAGAGAACUAAAUUUCAUACAAUUUUUAUCCAAGAGACAUUUAUUUCAAAUUUGAUUUCUGGCAAAUGAAUUGGUUAAGUGCAGCAAUAUGUAGUUAGAGCUUCAAAGCAAGUCUUGCCUACUUAGGGCCAUGGGACUGACCUUGCAAUUCUUUCAUUAUGUGGUAUUUUCUUAGCUACUAAUAGUGUAAGUAGAGGUAACAUGUUCCAUCAUGCAACUCCACUCAAAACUACAGAAACUCUGGAAUAACCAGAGGAUGCAUCCCAAUGAGCUGUUGUAGCUAAUACACCAUGCAAGGCAAAUUUUAAGUGCUUAAAGGAAAAGGUUAUUUUAUUAGUUACCUGUGAUAACAGAGGCUGGGCUUUGUGGCUGAGGAGGGCCAUCCAGGAUCUAUGUUUUCAAGAAUUAUUUUCCUUGCAACAAAGCAAAUUACACAUACUGAGAUAUGACCUCCCUAAACUAGGGAAGCUGAAUACAUGUUUGGAUGAUAUUGCACAGAUUUGCCAUACCACAAAAAAGACAUAUGCUUGUAGUAAUUAAAUAAUAUGUUGAUGCUACAUUUUCAGGGAAAAAAAAGUGCUCUACAGAUUUUGCUUCUUGCAAAUGAUAAAUAUAAGGCAUAUUUGGUCUCAAUGUACAUGAAAAAUUAAAACACAACAUUGUGUUAAAUGUUAACACAUGCAAGCCAUGUGUUAAAAGUGAAACAAAUCUGCAGCUCUUUAUAUAAAAGAAAACUAUUUAAAUAGGAAAGGAAAGAAUUAAUAUCUAUUUGUUGAAUUCAGACAUGACCAGAUUAAUAUUUCUCUUUCUGUUCCUGUAAUAAUUGAAUGCAUAUUUUUCCUCCCUAGCUGUUACUGCAUAACAGAUUUUUUUACUAUACAACAAAAUAAAUGCCAUAUUAAACUGCUUUGUUUAUCCCUCUUGAAAAUGCUUACUUUAUUUACAUCAAUAUGCAUUAACAUGUAAUAGGUUCAGGGUUUCUAAGGAACAACAUCUUUUCUUUCUGUUUGUCUAAUUCAUAUUAACUUUCCUUUCUUUUAGAUUUUUAUCCCAUCAGUUUCUACUUGCUGUAAUUCUGCUUCUGUGGGAAUCAAAAGAUGUGUUGAACUUGACAUGUAAAUGAAGCCACCUCAUGCUGAUGAAUCAAACCAUGUAGGUGGAGCUUCAUCAGCAAGAGUGUGUAGGAGAAAGGCAGCACAAGCAUGUCAUCACUUAGCUCUAGAUUUGGGGUCGUGUCCCAAACCAUGGCUAGCAGUGCCCUCCUAGAAAGUCACUAAGUAGAGAGUUCUGCCAGCAGAGGGUUUGGACCCAAACCAUCUUUCUUCAAGCUACAAAUGUUGUUAAACCUUGCUCUGGAGUGGAAAAAAAAUAAGGUGGGACUUUCCCAAAACCUUGUGAGAGCAGAAGGAUUUUAUAGAAAUUAUUCUUCUGAUGUGGAUUCACAGGCAAUAUUUUUUAAGUUGUCAGUUGAACUGCAGCUCCUAAUUUGAGGGAUUGGUGAUGUAUUGUAGGGAAAGGACUGUUUCACUACCUGAGCAGGAAAUGGUGAUAAAAGAUGGACACCAAGAACUAAGACAUCAAAGUCAUAUAAAUAAACAGCUGCAAUAAAAUAAUGGUGAUAAAUAACUAUUUCAGCAGCAAAUCCUAUUGUAUCCACUAGUAACUCUCCACCCAAACUUGUCUAAAUCUGGGGGAUGUUAUGCUUUUCUGUGAGUAAAAAGGACAUUAGUCCAAGAAAGACACUGAGGCAAAAAUCCUGUUUAAUGGAUAAAUUAUGUACCUAACCAUGUAAUUAUAUAGAAGUGGGCAGCACCAUCCCUUUCUAUAGAAAUUGCACAUCAUAGGCAAGCAUCAAAGCAUCUCAGAUCUGUGAAAGGAGGUGAGCAGGUUCCCAUCCCAUUCUGUGGGAUGAUCCCAAGCAGCCUGCAGGAGUCUGGGCUCAGUGGGGAUGAAGCACAUGUAUCUCUUUAAUAUUUCCCAUGUAUGGGUUUUAGGAAGAAUACAUGACAAGCUAGAUACCUAAUGCUGGGCUUAGACUUCCUAUGCCCAACUGUAGGACAUGGCUACAAGGGUGAGAUACUGGCAGGUAAAAUUUGGGAUGAGUUUAAAACACAUUAGGUAUGACCCUGUAUCUUCCCAGAUGCGUUCUCUUACACUGGAUAAAUGAUAAACAACUUAAUCCAUAACAGAAGUGAGGCAAGCCAGUUCACAUCUGCCAGGAUACCCAAGGAUGGGUAUCAGCAGUUCCUAUAAAGCAGCUGUUGUGCUGGAAUUCCUUGCUGUGCUUUGGUCAUCUAACUAUCUCACACUGAAAUUUUUAAAGCUUUCAUGGAAUCCAGCUGUAGUAGCUAUUCUACUUUACUAAGAGAUAAAAUAUUUUGAAUAGUUACUUUGAAUAUGAAGACUGUCCUGUUUUCAUUUACAGAAAUGUUGAGUAUCAAAUGAUACUUUCAAGCAGAUCUCACUAAUGAGGGGAAUGAAGUGCUUCUUAAAAACAGUCAGAUAUCCAGCACUCUGCUCUAUUUAUCACUGGGUCUCUAUUGUUUGAUUACAUAUUUUCAAAAAUACAGUGUUCUUACAGUAAAUAUGUUCAUUAUUUAAAGAAUUAAUGAGUAAGUAUUCAUAGAAAAAAUACAAAAAAUACUGAUACAUGAAACAUUUUUACAUUGGUUUUGAUUUUACAAACUAUUAGUAUCUUUUUGUUAACUAUAUUGGUUGCCCUUUUAGUUCUGAAAGUGCUUUUUACAGUGAUCCAUGUACUUCAGCUACAUACAAAAGCAAUAAUCACAUAUAUAUGUAUGUUUAUUGCAGUCUGUAUCCCUGCUUUUAACCCUAUAUAAUAGGGUUUUAUUGUUGUUUUUUUCUUUACAGAACAAAGUAGUAUAAUAAAAAUCAUUCAGAAGA